AUGAACUUUCAAACUCCAGCAAACCAAGCUAAACUAUCUAGGAAGCGAUGUUCAAGACAAGGUGAAAACAUUAAUUACCCGGUGACCAGCACACCUCUCAAAGCUGAGAGCAUAUCUGGGUCUGAUGUAGACGAAAAACCAUUUCAAGCGCAAGAAUUCGCCGGCAAAACUUUAUUUGGGGUUAAAUCCUUAUCACUACGUAUUGCUGGUAACCGUGAAAACCGUAGCAUAAUCGAGUUAGUAAGACCUUCAGAAGAGACCAUAAAAGCCAAAGAUGAAGUUCCAUCAAGUCCUAAUCAGAAUGAGGAUGAGUGUGGAUUUCAUCAGCGUCCCUUCCGUUGUGAAGUGUGCGGCAGGAGCUACAGACACGCAGGAAGCCUAAUUAACCAUAAACAGACACACAAAACUGGGGUUUUCCGCUGUUCCAUUUGUCAGAAGCGCUUCUUCAAUCUCAUGGCCAUGAAGAAUCACAACCGCAUCCACUUUGAGUUAAAAAGACACAAGUGCCUGGAUUGCGGCAAAGCUUUUAGGCUGCGUAAACAAUUGGACACUCACCAAAGAUUACACGAUGCAGAGCGCCCAUAUGGCUGUGAUGUAUGUGGUCGCACCUAUCGGCAUGCCGGAAGCCUUCUUAACCACAAGAACACUCACAAGAAAGGACUUUAUAAGUGUUCUUUAUGCAACAAGCAAUUUUUCAACCCUAUGGCCAUAAAAAACCAUCUGCGCACUCAUGCAGUUAAGAAGAAAUUUCAGUGCGUGGAGUGCGGAAAGGCAUUUCGGUCUUCCCAAAAGCUGGUCUGUCACAUCAGAGGUCACACAGGUGUAGGGCCUUUCCGUUGCCCAGUUUGCAGUCGUGAAUUCAGCAGCAAGCUGAUGCUUAGGCACCAUCAAAGGACACACAAAAAAUCAAAUUCUUUUCCUUGCAAAGACUGUGGAAAAGCCUUUCGUAUUGCUGGCCACCUUGAAGCCCAUCGCAGGAUCCAUGAGCAAGAAGGAACUUUCAGUUGUUCCAGUUAUGAACAUCACCAACAAACCCAUAAUGGUCCAGCUAAUGACGUUCUAGAUCCUCAGCCAGUGUCUAACUUAAUGGUUGAAGUGACAUGA